AUGGCCACACGACGAUCGCGAUCCAUAUUAGUUGGCCCCUGCUUUAUUCUGCUGGCAAUCCUCGCUCUUUUCUGUAUCACUAUCCCGACAGCAGAUGCAGCAUUGGCCGUCAGAAUCGACGCCACAACGACCGUCAACUACCGCACCUGGGACCCCUUCCAGGGCAAGGCCGAAGUGUACUCGCUCUCGGGUGUUCUGCUUAUGGGCCAGGUUCAAUCUGACUGCACCGUGCGUGUGGACCCAGCUGCGGCGCCUGCAGGACAGGCCAUCUUGAAUGCCGUUGAUCCCAGGAACCCUAUUGUCGACUCCAUCAUCGUGCUCCGAUACGACUGGCUUGACGACUGCGCUACCUUUGACGAUAUCUUUGCCCAUCUGGAAUCUCUUAACGGUCAGCUGCAGUCCCUGGCCCUGCCGGAGGUCGGCGCCCUCGUCAUGGACGGUAAUGCACAGAGCACCGAGGACUUUGGUUCUCCCUUCAUCCAGUUGGCUAACGCCAAACACUGGAACAAGGAUACCCUUCUCAAUAUCUCAUUCAUUGGCUCGGACAACGUGCUCUCGCUCGCAUCCACGCUUGCAACCAAUAACCACGCGCUUCUGGCCACGGUCGCGCAAGAUCCUGGACCAUGGAACCGCAUGUGGGACUCAAUUGGGUUCAAAGUUGUAAUUCGGGGACUCGAUAUCAUGGCCGGAAUCAUCUUUGUCUAUGGUCUCUGGGUGCUCGCGUUCAUUUACAAGGCCAGGCAAGAUAACCAGCACAUUCGUCGAUACAUGGUCUUGAUUCCCGGAUGCAUCUACUUGCCCUUGUCAAUUGCGUUCGCACCCUACAAGGUCCAGGUCCCCUGGCGCAAUGCCGUGUACUACGUCUCGCUGCUGUUCCCGUUCAUAUCGUUGGGACUCCAGAUGACGAUGUGGGGCAUGCUGGUCUAUCGCAUCAAGCGCAAGAAGACCAAUAAGCUCUUUGCGUACUUUUCCUACGUCACUAUCUUUGUCCCCACAAUUUCGUCCUUCCUGGAUGGUAUCGGUUGGUUGAUUCCGUCGCUGCCUAUCAUCCGCGUCAUUGGGGAGCGCGGGUUUAUGUACGCGACUCCACUUGUGAUCCUGAUCCAGGCGGUUUUGAUUUUCUACUAUGCGACGACGUUCUUCAAGUCCCUCCGAGGCAUUGCGGUAUCGCAGACGACGCGCACGGCGCUGGUCAGGAUCACGGUGCUGAACUUGGCGAUGAUCUCAUUCUUUGUUCUGAUGCUGCUCUCGAGAAUCGUGUCCCUCAUGGGCUUGAAUAUGAAGAGCCGGUCCGCAUACAUGACAGAGCUGUUCAUCUUCCGGUUCUCGUUUCUGUUCUUCUAUGCGGCCUGCUUCCGGACGCUCUCGAUUCGUCAGCCAAGUGGAUCAACGGUCGAUUCUAAGGGCUCGUCGACGAAUGGCAAGAACCCGUCCAAGAACCAUACGCACUAUCCUAUGGACAGCCUGAGUAACCAGAACAGCAGCACCAACGGUGUGAGCAGCCGCCACGCUCAAGACAGCAGUCUCGGCGAGGGUUCGAAGCCCAGUCUGCACUUCAACAAGCACCUUUCGAACCAUGCCUCCAAGGGCUUCACGAUCCCGGACCCAUCCAGUCCUGGUGGGUACAAGACGCCGUCAUUUGGCGGCGCAAUCCCGGGCCCGAAGUCGGCGCAUGGGUACACAAGUCAGCAGCAGCUGCUUCGUUCAGAUUCCUCUGAGUACCCGGACCCGUACAAGUUUAACGAGUUUGGACACCUGACACAUAACGAGUCCUCUCCCACACCCAAAGAGCUGGAGAGUGCGACUAGGGAGAGUUAUCUAGAUGCCCAGGAGGGAGAGGAUAAGGAUAGCGUGUACGGCAGCCACCGGUUCCCGGCUCCGUCUGGUUCGAAACAUGUACAUAUUGCGAAUGGCGGACGGGUUGUUGUCGGUAAGGAAAGGAACUCGGAGGGGUACUCGCGGUUCGAUGUCUCGGAUGAGGACCAGGGCAAAAAUGUGUGA